AUGCUCCCUUACCUGUUUCACCAAAGGCUCAUGCGGGGAAGUUUGUGCCCCCCCAUAGCCAAACGGUUAGUGGACAGUGUUUAGGGACUGGGCAAAGUGUUAAUCUUCCUCGGGGCAACUGCUAUGAUGUUCCUUUAUUUGCUCCGACAAUCCACAUUCACCAAAUGGACAUACCAUGUUGGUCAAUAUGUAUCAUGUACCCAGUGCUCGUUUGGAAUGUGCCAUUCUGCCUUGCUGUCACAUGUCCAUUAGUUUGGGUAGUGUGUGUGUUUUAAGGGGGGUGGUUAGAAAUACUGAACUGUAAUGAUUUCAGUUGAAGGGAAAAUGCCCACUGCUACGUCCUGACAAUAUUUGAGGUUACUGCUUAUGUGUGAGGAACGUGUCUCAAGCAUCAUUUUUAAAUGUCAAGACCAGAAUAAGGGGAGGGGUGUGUGGCAAAGACGCGCUAUAGGCACAUCUCUCUCCACUAUUGUGGACUGACUCCCACCAAUUCAUGCUCACUAUUUGUUUCAUUGUGCCAAUUAUUUGUCAAUGUUUUUAAAUGCCCCUUGAAAUAUAUACAGUGGGGGAAAAAAGUAUUUAGUCAGCCACCAAUUGUGUAAGUUCUCCCACUUAAAAAGAUGAGAGAGGCCUGUAAUUUUCAUCAUAGGUACACGUCAACUAUGACAGACAAAUUGAGAUUUUUUUUCUCCAGAAAAUCACAUUGUAGGAUUUUUAAUGAAUUUAUUUGCAAAUUAUGGUGGAAAAUAAGUAUUUGGUCAAUAACAAAAGUUUCUCAAUACUUUGUUAUAUACCCUUUGUUGGCAAUGACACAGGUCAAACGUUUUCUGUAAGUCUUCACAAGGUUUUCACACACUGUUGCUGGUAUUUUGGCCCAUUCCUCCAUGCAGAUCUCCUCUAGAGCAGUGAUGUUUUGGGGCUGUCGCUGGGCAACACAGACUUUCAACUCCCUCCAAAGAUUUUCUAUGGGGUUGAGAUCUGGAGACUGGCUAGGCCACUCCAGGACCUUGAAAUGCUUCUUACGAAGCCACUCCUUUGUUGCCCGGACGGUGUGUUUGGGAUCAUUGUCAUGCUGAAAGACCCAGCCACGUUUCAUCUUCAAUGCCCUUACUGAUGGAAGGAGGUUUUCACUCAAAAUCUCACAAUACAUGGCCCCAUUCAUUCUUUCCUUUACACGGAUCAGUCGUCCUGGUCCCUUUGCAGAAAAACAGCCCCAAAGCAUGAUGUUUCCACCCCCAUGCUUCACAGUAGGUAUGGUGUUCUUUGGAUGCAACUCAGCAUUCUUUGUCCUCCAAACACGACAAGUUGAGUUUUUACCAAAAAGUACUAUUUUGGUUUCAUCUGACCAUAUGACAUUCUCCCAAUCCUCUUCUGGAUCAUCCAAAUGCACUCUAGCAAACUUCAGACGGGCCUGGACAUGUACUGGCUUAAGCAGGGGGACACGUCUGGCACUGCAGGAUUUGAGUCCCUGGCGGCGUAGUGUGUUACUGAUGGUAGGCUUUGUUACUUUGGUCCCAGCUCUCUGCAGGUCAUUCACUAGGUCCCCCCGUGUGGUUCUGGGAUUUUUGCUCACCGUUCUUGUGAUCAUUUUGACCCCACGGGGUGAGAUCUUGCGUGGAGCCCCAGAUCGAGGGAGAUUAUCAGUGGUCUUGUAUGUCUUCCAUUUCCUAAUAAUUGCUCCCACAGUUGAUUUCUUCAAACCAAGCUGCUUACCUAUUGCAGAUUCAGUCUUCCCAGCCUGGUGCAGGUCUACAAUUUUGUUUCUGGUGUCCUUUGACAGCUCUUUGGUCUUGGCCAUAGUGGAGUUUGGAGUGUGACUGUUUGAGGUUGUGGACAGGUGUCUUUUAUACUGAUAACAAGUUCAAACAGGUGCCAUUAAUACAGGUAACGAGUGGAGGACAGAGGAGCCUCUUAAAGAAGAAGUUACAGGUCUGUGAGAGCCAGAAAUCUUGCUUGUUUGUAGGUGACCAAAUACUUAUUUUCCACCAUAAUUUGCAAAUAAAUUCAUUAAAAAUCCUACAAUGUGAUUUUCUGGAGAAAAGAAAUCUCAAUUUGUCUGUUAUAGUUGACGUGUACCUAUGAUGAAAAUUACAGGCCUCUCUCAUCUUUUUAAGUGGGAGAACUUGCACAAUUGGUGGCUGACUAAAUACUUUUUUCCCCCACUAUAUUCAUCUGCAAAGUUAAUCCCAACAUACUCCCCCAUUAAUUUAGAAUGUAUGGUUACGGAAAUUUUACAAGAGAACACGUUGUUUGGAGAGCUCACAAACUGCGCAACACUUACUAUUGUUUUAUUUAAUUGCAUUUACCAGUUUAUUGUCAAUUUCUUCGUUGUCUUUGUUUGAAGAGCAGGUGUCUGGUUUCGCAGUCAUGUGUAAUGUUGUGUGAAUGCGCAUAGAUAUACCUGGCCUGUGUGCCAAGAAUAGGUGUUGCCAAAUGUAUUUAAGUGCCCGUUUGGGGAUGUUCUAGUUAGUUCACUUUUGGGUAACCCAAGGGGAGGCUGUAUCUGAGCCUGCUGGACCCAACCUGUGCUGGACCCCACAGGUUUUGCCUGAUGAGAGGGUUUUUCUUUUGAAUGCUGACAUUUUGAAGUCCGAAUUUUUUAUAUAUAUUUGUAAAUAUCAGCGUCAUCUUUGAAACACCAGCGCUGUGUAAAUAAUUCCAACACUCAUUUCCACCUCUACCUCCUUGAAUCUUUGGCCUUACCACUGCUAGAAGGACCCUAUUUUACACUGAUACAGCGCAGCUGAGAUAGGCUACGGAUUUCGCUCAAACCUGUCACUUCAAAAGCACUCAAUGAGUCUGCAUUUGAACUUUGUUUGUUGUGGUAUAGCGUGAUCUAAGCAGAAUUCAAUAUAAUUCUAAUGCAAGAACCCCCAAAAAUGUAGCCGCCUAGCCGAUUUCAACUGCCCCCUUAGUCACUUUAUCCUGGCGCCGGGUCUGGCUUCCUCCUUACACGGUUAUUGCUCAUCUUCACCCAUUAGAUCUGGGCAAAGUCAUAGCUGUGCUAUCACUUUCCUACCAAGCUCAUGCACAGCUGUUUGUUAUGCCUCUGUCCUUUUGCCCAACCCCUACACCAGUAAAUGGCACGACAGGAGAAGGUAUGUCUCUCACUGUGGAAGAGAGGAAGCUGCUUGCAGAGGAAUGGUGUCAUAAGGGCAAGAACAAGUAAGUAAAAUGUUUCAAGUUUUAAUGUCACAUGCACAAGUACAGUGAAAUGCCAUUCUUGCAAGUUUUAAACCCAACAAGUACGUAAUACAGAAUAUGUGGUUAUCAAAUAUGCGUAAUAUGGUUUAUACACUGAGUAUACAAUUUUUUUUUUUAAACCUGCUCUUUCCAUGAGGUGAAAGCUAUGAUCCCUUAUUGAUGUCACUUGUUAAAUCCACUUCAAUGAAGGGCAGGAGGCUUUUUUAAGCCUUGAAACAAUUGAGACAUGGAUUGUGUAUGUGUGCCAUUCAGAGGGUGAAUGGGCAAGACAAAGUGCCUUUGAACGGGGUAUGGUAGUAGGUGCCAGCCGCACCUGUUUGUGUCAAGAACUGCAACGCUGCUGGGUUUUUCAUGCUCAACAGUUUCCCGUGUGUAUCAAGAAUGGUCCACCACCCAAAGGACAUCCAGCCAACUUGACACAACUGUGGGAAGCAUUGGAGUCAACAUGGGCCAGCAUCCCUGUGGAAUGCUUUCGAGUCCAUGCCCCAACGAAUUCAGUCUGUUCUUAGGGGGGGGUUUGCAACUCAAUAUUAGGAAGGUGUUCCUAAUGUUUGCUAUACUCAGUGUAUGUGGCAAUACUGUCUCCGUGUGAAUGAGUCACUGAUUAAGCCUUGCUGGCUUCUUGGCACACUUUGCUGUGUCUUCAUAGGCUGGAGCAGGUGAUAGUGCACGUGGGCUGCAUGAGUCUGAAGGACUCCCAGGAGCUGGUGAGUCAUCCCUGCCACAACCUGCUGGUACUCCUUGCUACCCAUAACUAGUCUAAACUCAGCACAAGGCCUUGGAACAGCCCGCAGUGUAACUAAGGUGUCGUACUGUCUCUGUGUCCCCCAUGCAGGCACGCCAUGCUGCUGAAAUAGGAGCUGAUGGGAUAGCAGUGAUCUCCCCCUCUUUCUUCAAACCCGCCACUGCAGGUCCGUUGAGCCUAAUCGGUUGUGAUGUAUAAUUGUGGUUCUGUUUGCUCAUUAAAGUAUGACUAUGACAUUCCACUCGUGUCAAUGUUGGAGAGGAAUUCACUGUAGGGAUUUCCUUUCCUUCCUGUGUUUCCUUCCACUGAACUCAGAUGCUCUGAGGAUGUUUCUCCAGGAAGUGGCUGCAGCCGCCCCAGCUGUGCCCUUCUACUAUUAUCACAUUCCAGCUGUGACCGGGGUCAACUGUGAGUACUGUGCUUUCAGUUGAUAUGAUACAGUCGGACACUUCUUGAUGCACCUCUGCAUGUGAUACUCUAAUAUUCAGGAGUUGAAUUACAAGGAUGUUGAUUCUCAGCCACUCUUUUCUCCUGUCAGUGCGAUCAAGGGAUGUGUUGGAGGGGAUAGAGAAGCAGAUCCCCUCGUUCCAGGGGCUGAAGUUCAGUGGCAGUGACAUGAUGGACUUUGGCCAGUGUGUCAGCUAUAGUCCAUCUCACUGGUCACUCCUAUAUGGCAUAGAUGAGGUCAGCACAUCUUUCUCCUCCCUGUCUUUGCUUGUCUCUCUCUGUCAGUAUGAAGAUAACCUAUCAUUAGAGCAGUGUUUCCCAACUCCAGUCCUCAAGUAUCCCCAACAGUACACAUUUGUAUUGUGUACUGUUGGGGUUACUCAAUGACUGGAGUUGGGAACCACUGCCUUAGAGGAAAGUCAUGUUCAUUAUGUUAUGUUUAUCUAAUUAAAUAAUGUUUUACCCUUUUAACAGCAACUGCUAGGAGGUUUGGCAAUGGGUGCCAAUGGGGCCGUAGGCAGGUUGGUCUCCAUUUUAUCAUACUUUAACCCUUAGAACUAUGAUCUCUGUGUGAAGUCAGUCCAUUGGGCAGACACUUAAAGUGCAUUCGGAAAGUAUUCCGACCCCUUGACUUUUUCCACAUUUUGUUACGUUACAGCCUUAUUCUAAAAUGGAUUAAAUAGUUUUCCCCCUCAUCAAUUUACACACAAUACCCAUAAUGACAAAGCAAAAACAGGUUUAGAAAUGUUUGCAAAUGUAUUAAAAAUAAAAACGGAAAUAUCACAUUUACAUAAGUAUUCAGACUCUCUACUCAGUACUUUGUUGAAGCACCUUUGGCAGCUAUUACAGCCUCAAGUCUUCUUGGGUAUGACGCUACAAGCUUGGCACACAUGUAUUUGGGGAGUUUCUCCCAUUCUUUUCUGCAGAUCCUAUCGGGCUCUGGCUUGGCCACUCAAGGACAUUCAGAAACUUGUCCCGAAGCCACUCCUUUGUUGUCUUGGAUGUGUGCUUAGGGUUGUUGUCCUGCUGGAAGGUGAACCUUCACCCCAGUCUGAGGUCCUGGGCGCUCUGGAGCAGGUUUUCAUCAAGGAUCUCUCUGUACUUUGCUCUGUUCAUCUUUCCCUCGAUCCUGACUAGUCUCCCAGUCCCUGCCACUGAAAAACAUCCCCACAGCAUGAUGCUGCCACCACCAUGCUUCACCGUAGGGAUGGUGCCAGGUUUCCUCCAGACGUGAUGCUUGGCAUUCUUGGUUUCAUCAGACCAGAGAAUCUUGUUUCUCAUGGUCUAAGAGUCCUUUAGGUGCAGUUUGGUCGGGCGGCCAGCUCUAGGAAGAGUCUUGGUGGUUCCAAACGUCUUCCAUUUAAGAAUGAUGGAGGCCAUUGUGUUCUUGGGGACCUUCAAUGAUGCAGAAAUGUUUUGGUACCCUUCCCCAGAUCUGUGCCUCGAACAAUCCUGUCUCGGAGCUCUACGGACAAUUCCUUCGACCUCAUGGCUUGGUUUUGCUCUGACAUGCACUGUCAACUGUGGGACCUUAUAUAGACAGGUGUGUGCCUUUCCAAAUCAUGUUCAAUCAAUUGAAUUUACCACAGGUGGACUCCAAUCAUGUUGUAGAAACAUCUCAAGGAUGAUCAAUGGAAACAAGAUGCAUCAGAGCUCAAUUUCAAGUCUCAUAGCAAAGGGUCUGAAUACUUAUGUAAAUAAGGUAUUUCUGUUAUUUUUUUUAUAAAUCUGCAAAUAUCAUUAUGGGGUAUAGUGUGUAGAUUGAUGAGAGAAUAAAUAAAAAAAUAGUUUAGAAUAAGGCUGUAACGUAACAAAAUGUGGAAAAAGUCAAGGGGUCUGAAUACUUUCCGAAUGCACUGUAUGCCUUAGGAAUGCCACUCUCUCCCCAGCACGUACAACUACCUGGGCAGCAGUGUGAACAGACUCAUGUCAGCCUUUCAUAAAGGGGACCUCCCCAAUGCCAGGACUUUACAGGUACACCUCCUUUUCAGCCUCAGACAAAACAACAACACAGGACAUCAUUGUAGUUUUCCUAAAUCUGUGUUAAUCUGAUUGAUUAAUGUCUCUGAUCUCUCUUUGCAGUUCCAGGUGCAAGAUAUCCUCUGUUAUGCAAUAAAGAUGGGUCAGUCAGUGCAACAUUUUCACCCACAAAACACAGUGUCAUUCCCAUGUGUGUCAUCUGUGAGAUUACAAUGAACCUAGAGUGAGUAUGUGCAUGUUGUGAUGUGAUACAUUGUGUUUGUGUGUGCAGGGUUUGACUUGGCUGUAAAUAAGCAGCUGAUGAGUGAGGUGUCAGGAUUGGCUCUGGGUCCUCCCCGCCUGCCCUUGCUGCCCUGCCCCCAGCCCAAGGCCCACUCCAUAGCACAGAGACUCCAGCAGAUCCUGGGGGAGCAAUGACAGCAGCAUGGAGACUUGGCUUUAUAGGCCAGCCUGGGAGCAUUACAGCGUCAGUUAAAACAGUCAUGUGUUUCUUUGUUUUUCUAGCCUCUCCAAGUUGUCAACUCGAAAAUCUCCUAUUCUGUUCUCCUGCUUCUAACCUUUAAUAAGGAGGAACAGCAAACACUAACACUGUACCCAAUACGUUUGAUUUAACUGACUAUCGCCUGCACGUGUAUUCAAAUGUAAAGAAACAUUCCAUUGCCAGCAGCCCAAAAUGCCAAAAGACACAGUUAGUCAUGCCAGAGGUGCAAUCAAGCAUCAUGUAGUAGGGCAUUAAGAGCAUUGUACAGAUUGGCUAGAGGAGUUACUGAGGGACUUUUAGCACCUUGUAUCUUAAAAUUGGCUUCUGAUAUUUAAUCUAUAUUGUUUUUAGUGAGACCUGCAGGGUUGUUUUAUUGAUACUGUAUUUGUUUUUACUUUCUUCUUUGUCGUUUACCGGAACAACAAUGCAUUUUUGUGUGGUUGAUACCUUUUCAAAUAAGUACUGUAAUAGACUGUAACCUAACCCUGAGUAAAUCAGUACAUCUAUUAAGUUGAAUUGCCACUGACCUCAAAAGUGUGAAUUGCACUCUUUCUUGAUAUUAUCUUUUUAAAAAGCCAUUGAUUUAAAAUGAAUUAAAGUAUAACUGAACUUGUAUGCGAGUGAAAGGGAAAUAUAAACAAAACUUGAAUCAUUUUUGUAAACACUCUUAGACAUUUCUAAUUGCAUAUGAAAUAAAAGAUCUACCGUU